AUGGGUGCACCUCCGCCGCCUCCGCCGCACGGCGAGACGCCCAAGUCGUCGGGCUUGCCGCCUGGCAAGUAUGACAUCUUCGUCAUCCCCGAGCAUUCGGCCGGCUCGGGCUUCCUCUACCUGCCGUCGUUGCAGCCCAGCGUCAACAGCUUUGCCGCCGGCUUCGCCUCGGCCCUCAUCCUCGUUGCCCUCUUCCAGACCAUGGCUCCGGCCUUUCGAGCCUGGUGGGAUAGCUUCCAGGGCAUGGGCAACAUGGGCAUCACCCUGCUCGUCCUCGGCGUCGGCUUCGGAGCCUGGGCCUUGGGACGGACGCAAAACGACGCCCCGCCGUCGCACGGCACGUCGGCGUCAUCCGGCGCAGGCCCGGGAGGCUUCGGCUCGUCCACUUCGACGCCUCCCCCGAAUGCCGACGCCCCCCCUCCCCCCUCACACGGCAGCGGUCCUGCUCCUCCGCCAAGAGGAAACCCCGCGCCGCCCCCGCCUCAGCCGGAGAAGCCCAAGGCGGCGUGGAAUCAACGGUCGACUCCGCAGCCGGAACCCGCGAGCAAGGGAUCCUGGGAGAAGGCGCGCGAGGAGACGAGAAGGAAGGAAGAGGAGCGCAAGGCGAAGGAGACGGAGCAGAAACGACGCGACGAGGCGGCCAAGCGACUGGCAGAGCUCCGCGCCAAGGAAGCAUCCGAGAGAGCCGAGAGAGAAAAGGAGCGGGAGCGGAGAGAAAAGGAGGCCGAGCAGAAGAAGAGGGAGGCCGAGGAAAAGGCGGCGCGCGAAAAGGAGAGGGCGGCGGCGGAGGAGAGGACGAGGGCAGAGGCGGCGGCGGCGGGCGCGAGGAGUGCGAAUCGUGUCGGCAGCUCCUACGCCUACUCGGCCGUCGGCGAAAAGACCAGCAUGUGGCCCAACGGACGGCCCGCCGCCGCCUCCUCCUCCCACUCGGCCGCCUCCUCGCCGUCGAGGAAUCCGCCGAGUCCCGGAAAGCCCCCGGCACCGACGGCCAAGACGUACGUGAGCACCGACGACGACGCCCACUCCUUCAGGCCGUACGACCGCCCGACGAGCGCGCGAAGGGGACGCUCCGAGUCGUCAAUGGGCGGCUCCGAGGCGUCCUGGGCUCCCUCGCACACGACGGCCCGCACGACGCCUCCGCCGUCGGAGCGCGGUCCUUAUUCCACGAAGGAUCCCGACAAGAUUGUCAUCCAGGCCGUCUACCUUUUCAUGAACCAAUUCGCCAAGACGCCUGCCAGUCAGCUCCUUUCCGGCGUCGGCUCCGUCACCGACGGCCUCGUUCUGCGCCUCACCACCGAGGGUCUCUUCAUCGACGACGACGUCCGCGGCGUGCCCCAGCGAGAGUGGGACGUCAAGGCUUGGACGCUCAAAAACAUCGAGGUAUGGUGCCCCCCGCACUGCUUGACUUCUUCUGCGUCUGCUUCGAACCCGACCGCCGGCGCCAAGAGCCCCCCCCAUUUGCUUUACAAGAUGGCCACGGCCCGCCGCAACUUGGACCGCGACGCCGCCAAGGUCCUCACCGGUGAGGAUGCCGACGCGUACCUCGCCGACCUGCUUCGUUCUUGCAAAAACUGCUGCCGACUUGGCCUGUGCGAACGAACCUUUCAGAAUACUAACAUUCAACUUCCUUCCGGCCAGACUGGACGGUGGAACGCCAAGGGACUGCACGUCCUCCGCGCGACGAUUCGCGACCAGGAAGCCAAGCGAUACCUCUUCGUCUUGGACGAGGCGGAGAGCUGGAAGGUGGCCGUCGGACUGCAGCGCCUGCGUCGGGGCACACAGGUCCGCCAGCUCGGCGUCGGCGGCAUGUCGGCGUCUGAUGCCCGCGCGACGCUCGAGAUGUUGGGUUGGGGCGAGUGA